AGAUGAUGAAUCGACUGUUGCAGGCAAUCCAAAAUUAAAAAGUGAAUAUUAGAAAUACUUAGCAAAGGAGGAGCCACCUGCGGUUUGGACACUGGAAAAAGCUGGAUGUCUGAAAUCGUCGGGAUCGAUAAUGAGUCCCACCAAUGGCAACUAGGCAGCUGGGAAAGGAACGUAAAGACGUCGAACGACUAAUCUAGGUGAUUUUAUGCUCCUCCAAUGACAGCAGGUACAUAAGAGUUUGACAAUGAACAGCAACGUGUGGGCAAGUGAGCUACAGCGCUGAGGAAGCUGGCAAUGGUUCAGAGUGGGAGGGGCCGAUAGCUUUCCCUAGCAGGACGAUUGACGACCCCUCUGUUCGUCCAAUGAAGCAUGGAAAUCUGUAUAAGAGCCCACCAUUAAAUGGAGACUGCCCAAUGAACAGUGGGAGGGCGGAGUUGCGGGACCUGGCGCUUGGUUACGGGAAGUAACACUGUCUUGAAUUGGAGUAAGGAUGGAGACUGCGAAUUUGAGCGGGGUAAGCGGAUCUUCCACAGCCCGGGCGAAGGAACUCUUCCGAAACCAGCGCAAGGAUUCGGAGAGUUCAGUGGAUUCCCCUAACCUGGAGUUCGAAUACGGGGAUUCAGACACCAUAGUUGCAGAGUUAUCAGAGCUGUACAGUUACACUGAGGAGCCCGAGUUUGCCAUUAACAGGAACUGCUUUGAAGAGGAUUUUGCUGUUCACGGGAAAGGCAAGAAGUGGGUAGAGCUGGAAGAGACUGAACAUAAGACCUACUUAAUGAGGCUGCUGGAUGGACUGGAGGUAAUAAACAGAGAGAAGAGACUGAAGUUUGCCAGAGCCGUCCUGUACCUGGCCCAAGGUGUGUUUGAUGACUGCUACACAGAGCCUGAGGUGAUCCACUGGGCCCGUUACAAUGUCUUCCUCCUCUAUGAGAUGGGCACGUUUGGAGCAUUGGUGGAGCUUCUCAAUAUGGAGAUCGACAACAGUCAAGCAUGUGGCAGUUCCCUGAGGAAGCCAGCAAUCUCCCUGGCUGACAGCAUUGAACUGAGAGUAUUACUGAACAUUAUGUACCUGAUGGUGGAGAUAAUGCGCCGAGAGGUGGAGGAUGAAAAACCAGAGUGGAUUCUGGCGAGAGAGGGAUUCAGAAAUGAACUAAGUUCCCCAGUGUACAAUGGAGAGCCCUUUGCAAUUCUCCUCUUCUCUCUUGUGAACAAGUUCUGCAGUGGGAAUGCUCCACAUUGCCCCAUUAAGAAGGUGCUGUUGCUUCUCUGGAAGACGAUUCUGUUCUGUCUCGGAGGCUUCGAGGAUCUGCAGAAGCUGAAGGUGGCGAAGCGGGAGGAAGCCGGCCUCCCGAGGCUGCCGGAGAACAGUAUCGAGGUGAUGCGGAACCUCCGCGCAUGCUCUCCCCCCGUCUCAGCCAUGGACGCCCUGGAGCAGCAGCAGAAGCGAGGCCGCAAGGGCCGAAGGGUGCUGGUAAAACAGGACAGCCUGGAUACCUAUGGCGAGAGGGACGAGGCACGGGAGGAGGACGAAGAGGCUGAUGACAGUGAUGGUGGGCUUGAGGGAGAAAUGGAUCCACUGGAAAGGGAGGCACUGGUCCAGUCUGUGCCCACCCCACAACAGUCCCCAGACAGAGUGUUCUUCCCCCGGUGCCUACCCUGGGCUCCCAAGGCCAGGGAGAAGGACAUCGAAGAAUUUCUGGAAGUGAGCAGAUGCAAGUUCAUCGGAUUCACUCUCGGCAACGACACUGAUACUCUGGUAGGUUUGCCCAGACCCAUCCACGAGAGCAUAAAGACCCUGAAACAGCACAAGUACACGUCCAUCGCUGAAGUUCAGGCCAAGAGGGAGGAGGAGCUUCAGAAAUCCCCAGUGUCACUGGGUGCUGAGACGGUAGAGCAGACUCCAGUUGAAGUUCUCUACCAGGGAAUGUUGUACAACUUUCCACAGUACAUGAUAGCUUUGCUGAAGAUCCAGCUGGCAGCUGCUCCCACCUCCAAGGCAAAGACUGACUCCAUCAAUAUCCUAGCUGAUGUUCUUCCUGAGGAAAUGCCCACCACUGUGCUACAAAGCAUGAAGUUGGGUAUUGACGUCAACAGGCACAAGGAGAUCAUCGUGAAAGCCGUCUCGACACUUAUGCUUCUGCUGCUCAAACACCUCAAACUCAACCAUAUCUACCAGUUCGAGUAUGUUUCGCAGCACUUGGUAUUUGCCAACUGUAUUCCUCUUAUUCUGAAGUUCUUCAAUCAGAACAUCAUGUCUUACAUCACAGCCAAGAACAGUAUCAGUGUCCUGGAUUAUCCUCACUGCGUGAUUCAUGAGCUACCAGAACUCACCACUGAGGCUCUGGAAGCAGGAGACCACAAUCAGUUCUGCUGGAGGAACCUCUUCUCGUGCAUCAACCUGCUGCGUACCCUAAACAAGCUCACCAAGUGGAAGCACUCUCGCACCAUGAUGCUUGUGGUGUUCAAGUCGGCACCGAUCCUGAAGCGGGUGCUCAGGGCCAGGCAGGCAAUGAUGCAGCUGUACGCCCUCAAGCUGCUGAAGAUCCAAGCCAAGUACAUGGGGCGCCAGUGGAGGAAGAGCAACAUGAAGACCUUGUCUGCCAUCUACCACAAAGUGCGGCAUCGCUUUAACGACGACUGGGCCUAUGGAAAUGAGAUCGAUGCUCGGCCCUGGGAUUUCCAGGCGGAGGAGUGUGCUCUGAGGGUCCACAUCGAGGCCUUCAACAGUCGCCGCUAUGGUGUGUGCCCCAGCGACUUGGAGUUUUCUCCCGUGGACAACUGCCUGCAGAGCGUGCUGGGCCACCGACUCCCGCUGCCCGACGAUUUCCGCUACAGCUACGAACUCUGGUUGGAGAGGGAGGUCUUUGCGCAGCCCAUACGCUGGGAGGAUCUUCUACGACCCAUGGCGUGAUGGCGGCAAGCUUGCCCGUUGUGUGGGUGCUGCUAUUCUGCCCGGUCUUCCUAAUGAAAAAGGGAUCUCAGCACUUGACUGCUGUUAGAUUUGUACCUCGUGAUGGGAGCUCGCUGUUUUUCUGCCCAUUCCCCACCCUCCCUCUGGCGACCUGACUUGAGUGACUCUGUGCCCUUAUGUUGUUUUGUAGCCUCCAGUUGGUCACACAUGGACAACUGGAGUGAAAGGACAGGGUGUAUCCAGGGAGGAAGCCUGCCCCCACCCUGCAGUUACCCCUCUCACAUCAAACUGAGAGUAGCAGGGCAAUACCCUGAGUCCUUCCCAUUCUGUGGACGUGAACUCAGUGUUACUGCACUCUACAUCUCUGCACCUGGCACAAGGGGGGCAGCUGAAUUCUCUUCUUGCCCAACUGUGUCGAGCACUGGCAGUAAUUUGGCUGGAUUCACUUGAAUACCGACAGUAAAUACCCACUUACUGAAGGCGAUGGUCUCAAUCUUGCCCCAUCUGGUGAAGAACAGCCAUCCAGCACGAAAGGCUGAACAGCCUCCUCCUGCCCUGGAAUUACUUCGACUGGACAUCCUGAAAGGAAAUUAUGGGCUCUGGUCACAGAAAGAUUACAACAUGGAAGUAGCUGAAUGGCUUGUUCUUCCAAGUCACAUCUCCCCUAAAGAGAGGGCCCAGAACUGGACCAUCUUCCCUAGAGAGAGAGCCUAGAACUGGACCAUCUUCCCUAGGGAGAGAGCCUAGAACUAGACCACCAUCCCUGGAGACACUGCUCGGAACUGGACCACCUUAGAUAGAAUGUUCCAGCUGUGGCCGGCUUAGUGUUUUAUUAUCAUUCGUCAUGAUAUUCUUGGAUUUUCUGCCUCUUUUCUAAAGCCCAGAAAGCAUGUGCUUUUAAACUACUUUUUCACUUUCAGCAAACUAUGCAUGUAUAUCACCGACCUCUCUAUUCCCCUACCCUUCAAGAAUUGUGUCCUCUCAUGUAUACUGUCUCUUUGAACUGAAAUGGAGUAUGUCAGUUUUCUGCAUUAAAUUUAAUGACCCAUCUCUCUACAACCUGGCUGCAUCCUUUUUAAGUCCCUCACUGUCCUUUUCACGGUUCACUGUGCUUCCAAGGUGAACAUUGUAUGCUUCUAUCAUUGAUAUACAUCGGAAAUUGCUCCUUCCCGCACCUUGUGUGGCAACCCUGCCAUUUCUUUAGCAUUUGUUUUUUAACGAGGCUGAGUUGCCAGGUCAAUGCUCAUCCCAGCACGGAUGGAAUGCAUGCAAGGAGCCGGCCGGAUUCGAACCUGGGACCAUUGGCCAGCUACAUAUCAGGAAAAGUCCUGGGCAAUUCUAGUACAUUACUCUCCAAUCUAUUAAACAACCACAUAAUGCGGCUUACUGGUGUUUUCCUAAUUCUCUAUCCAUACUUCUACUGCCCAUUGCCUUAAGAUUAAUAUUGCGGUUUGUAUUAAAGUUAUUGGUACCCAUUGGUGGGUCUUGG